UAUAUAGAGCAUAUGCUAUAGUCCUCUCUGUGUCAUAGUCUCCGUUGCUUUCUUCUUCUUUCUUUAGCUUCUUCAUCUUCUUCUUCUUAGUCAAAAAAGUCUUCUCUCUUAGGGUUUCACCCAUUGAAACCUCACCCAGAAAUCCCACCAAAACUCACCGGAUUAGAAGCAUAAAGAAUUUCAUUCCAAGUGAACCUAAGCCGGUAUGGAUCAGCUAGGGCAUGGUCAGCCUGCAGGUCAAGUGCCAUAUGGCCUCAAUCCAUAUCAAUCAAACCAAAUGAUUGGGGCCUCCCAACCUGGAUCAGUGGGAACUAUGCAGUCUCCUAGUCAGACAGCAGGACUCUCUGCCUCUUCAGCUCAGCUUGCACAACACCAACUUGCUUAUCAGCACAUUCACCACCAACAGCAACAGCAACUGCAACAACAGCUCCAAAAUUUUUGGACAAAUCAGUACCAAGAGAUUGAGCAGACUUCUGAUUUCAAGAACCAUAGCCUGCCAUUGGCUAGAAUUAAGAAGAUUAUGAAAGCCGAUGAGGAUGUAAGGAUGAUAUCAGCUGAAGCCCCGGUCAUAUUUGCCAGGGCCUGUGAAAUGUUCAUUCUAGAGUUGACACUUAGGUCUUGGAAUCACACGGAGGAGAACAAAAGGAGGACACUCCAGAAAAAUGACAUUGCAGCUGCAAUUACAAGGACUGAUAUAUUUGAUUUUCUGGUUGAUAUUGUUCCAAGGGAGGAUUUGAAGGAUGAAGUACUUGCAUCGAUCCCAAGAGCUGGGAAUCUUCCAGUUGGAGGUGAUGCUCUUCCUUACUAUUACAUGCAACCUCAGCAUUCUUCACAGGUUGGUGCUCCAGGGAUGAUCAUGGGCAAGCCGGUAAUGGAUCAAGUUUAUGGCCAACAGACUCGGCCUUACAUGACUCAGUCGGCAUGGCCACAUCUACAGCAGGAGCAGCCACCCUCAGAUUCUUGAGUGGAGGUAAUAGCUGACUUGAAACAUGGACAUUUGGGUGACUUGAUCAUGAUGAUAGUUUGUGGUUGUAAUAUGAAAGUCAAGAGUGCUUCUCUUUGGCGCAGUACAAGUUAAUUAUUUUGCUUGACAUCUAGUUAUUUACAGUUAAAAAAGUGCUUGUUGUUGGUUAAUUGGUACAUUUUCCCAAAUCACGUAAAAGUUGUGACCUGUUCUGUAGAUAAUUGGAUUUCAUAGUUCCUCUUUUUUUGUAUGUGAAAUAUAAAGAUUUCAUCAUGAUAUUGUUUUCCUUA